CACACUGCCAGAAAACUCAAAUCUCCAAAAUGAGCGCAACUGCAAACUAUCACCCGCCACCUCCAUCGCAGCCGCCGUUCUCGGAUUCGGACUCCGAUUCCGAUACUGACAACUUUCACAUUGGAUCCGACCUCUCGAAUUCCAUUUUCAAAGCCUACCUCGAAUUUUCGUCGUCUUCAUCGUCAUCAUCAUCAUCUUCUAUCACAGCCGUUGAUCUCUCCAAGAUCCAAUCUUUUCUGACUUCCUCCUCCUCCGGCGCUCUAUCAUGCCUUAUAUGUCUCGAAAGAAUCCGCCCCUCGGAUCCUACCUGGUCCUGCUCUUCCCUCUGCUUCGCGCUCUUCCACCUCUUCUGCAUCCAAUCCUGGGCCCGCCAAUCUUCCGAGCUCUCUGCCGCACGCGCCUCCGCACGUCUCCCAAUCACCGCCGAAGUCGCGGCUAAACAAGCCACCUGGAACUGCCCCAAAUGCCGCUUCUCCUACUCCAAAUCUCAAAUCCCAAAAUCUUACCUUUGCUUCUGCGGCAAACUCCAAGAUCCUCCUUCUGACAACCCUUGGAUUCUCCCUCAUUCUUGCGGUGAAAUCUGUAACCGCCAGUUGCCCAACAAUUGCGGUCACUUUUGCCUCCUUUUAUGCCACCCUGGACCCUGCCCUUCCUGCCCGAAAUCCAUCAAAACUCGUUGCUUUUGCGGUUCCGUCGAAGAUUUCCGCCGUUGCGGUUUCAAGAACUUUUCUUGCAAUCAACCUUGCAACAAACUCUUAGAUUGUAACAAACAUCGCUGUUCUGAAAUCUGUCAUCCAGGCACGUGCCCUCCUUGCCGUGCACGUGACAUUUACUGUUGCCGGUGCGGUAAAAAGGAAGAAGAAAAAGAUUGCUGUGACCGGGAUUUUCGCUGCGAAAAUGAGUGUAAAAAGUUACUUAAUUGCGAAAAACAUCUUUGUGAAAGAGGAUGCCAUGCAGGAGAUUGCGGGGAAUGCCCGUUGCAAGGGAAACAGUCGUGUCCCUGUGGGAAAAGAGUUUAUGAAGGGAUGCCGUGUGAUGUGGCGGCGCCCGUUUGCGGUGCAACUUGUAACAAGUUGUUAAAUUGUGGUUUCCAUAGGUGUCCGGAGAGGUGUCAUAAGGGACCUUGUGUGGAGACUUGUAGGAUCAUGGUUAAGAAAUCAUGCCGGUGUGGAGGAUUGAAGAAAGAGGUUCCUUGCUAUCAAGAUUUGUCAUGUGAGAGGAAGUGUUUGAGAACUAGGGAUUGCGGACGCCAUGCUUGUAAGCGUCGUUGUUGUGAUGGAAACUGCCCACCAUGUCCAGAGGUUUGUAAUAAAAGGCUUCGGUGCAAAAACCACAAAUGCCCUGCACCUUGCCAUCGAGGUGCCUGUGCUCCAUGUCCAGUUAUAGUGACAAUUUCAUGUGCAUGUGGUGAGACACACUUUGAGGUUCCUUGUGGUACUGAGAUGGAUCAAAAGCCUCCUAAAUGUCGUAAAUUAUGCAAGAUAACUCCCUUGUGCAGGCAUGCAUCAAACUUGAAGCCACACAGAUGCCAUUAUGGAGCUUGCCCCCAAUGUCGGUUACUUUGUGAAGAAGAAUAUCCAUGCGGUCAUAAGUGCAACUUAAGGUGUCAUGGGCCAAGACCUCCUCCUAAUCCAGAAUUCAUGUUGAAACCCAAGAAAAAGAAAUUAAAUCAUCAGAAUGAGUGCACUCCUGGCACUCCUUGCCCUCCUUGCCCAGAACUUGUUUGGAAACCAUGUGUUGGCCAACACAUUGGUGCAGAGAGGAUGAUGGUUUGCUCAGAUAGAGCACGAUUUUCUUGUGAUAAUUUAUGUGGAAAUCUUCUUCCUUGUGGCAAUCACUAUUGUACGAAAACUUGCCAUUCCCUGGAGAUUCAGUCGUCAUCAUCAGGAUAUCACAAAAGAAGUGAGUCUUGUGAAGAAUGUAAUCUCCCUUGCCAGAAGGAGAGGAUGCCCAAAUGUUCUCAUCCCUGCCCCCUACCAUGUCAUCCUGGAGAAUGCCCUCCUUGCAAAGUGCUUGUGAAACGGUCAUGUCACUGUGGUGCAAUGGUCCAUGCAUUUGAGUGCAUCUAUUAUAACAGCUUAUCUGAAAAGGAUCAAGUGGCUGUUCGCUCAUGUGGAGGGCCUUGCCAUAGAAAGUUGCCCAACUGUACGCAUCUAUGCCCUGAAACAUGCCAUGUUGGUCAAUGCCCAGCACCUGACAAGUGCAGCAAAAGGGUUACUGUUCGUUGUAAAUGCCAAACCUUGAAGAAGGAAUGGGUAUGCCAAGAUGUGCAGGCAGCAUAUCGUGAUACUGGUCGUGAUCCUAACGAUAUAUCAAAGAACCAGUUUGGACUUGGACUUCUGCCCUGCAAUUCCAAUUGUAAGAGCAAAAAACAGGAGGUUGAUUCAUCUCUACAAUUGCGCAAGCCUAAGGUUUUGGAGAAAAAGGACCCAGAAAUUGAAAAGCAUGGGCCAAAGCGAAGAAAAAGGCGUGAUCGGAUUCAAGAGGACAAGCAAGUCUCAAGACUUCAGAAAUUUGUUGCCACCAUGAAGCGGCUGCUUCUGUUCAUCAUCAUUGUAGUAGCUCUGAUGGCAGUAACCUAUUAUGGCUACAAAGGUCUCUUGAGACUCUCCGAUUGGAUGAAUGACAUUGAAGCACAACGAGAAAGAAGAAGACAUCCGCGAAUCUGAAUCAGAACUUCCUAUCAUUCCAAUUUUUGUUACAUAAACUGAACUUACAAUUGAUUUUUUGCUCACUCACCAUAUCCAUUCUCUAUAAACUUUGGGGAGUGAUCGAAAUUUUGGAAAAAAAAAAAAUUCUUUUAAUUUUCCAUAGACGAUACAGUCCUUUUAUAUGUGCUAGUACAUGCUGAGCAUAUGUUCAAGCUCAUUACCGCAAUAAAAAAAAGUACCCCGUAAACAUCGGGAAAGUCUGUCUGUUCACGUGGCA